CAUCUUCUUCACUAGUAAGCUACUUUUAAGAUAUCAUAAAAAGGAAAGAAAAAAAAUGAAGCUCUUGUUUCUAACUUUGCUGCUUUGUUCUCUUCUUCUAUGUUCUUCAGUUUUUGCACCAACAAUGGCUCAGCCUCGUUCACGUAACUUUUGUGAAGGGAAAUGCAAAGGGAGGUGCAAUAAAGCGGCGGUUUGGGAUCGGUGCUUCAAAUAUUGCGGCAUAUGUUGCGAGGAGUGUCAAUGUGUUCCGUCGGGUACUUAUGGGAACAAACACGAGUGUCCUUGCUACAGAGAUAAGGUGAAUAACAAGGGCAAACCCAAAUGCCCUUGAAAAUGAAAUAUAUUCGAGUUCGGGAUUUAAUCAAGCUUAAAGAUCGAGGACGAAGAGGCUAUAUAUAUAUAUGCAUGUUGAUGAUGAUGUUAUUAUAAAAAUAAACUUGUUUUGUUGCUGUUAUUUUCCUUUGGGUUUUUGUGUUGGUAGUGUUGAAUAAGAUUUCCCUUAUAUUUUCCCUCUCACCGCCGUGUCCACCGCCAUGCACACAUGUUUUGUUGUCUUUUGAUCAUGGGUGGUGGUGAUGAUGGUGAAAAUGGUGUCAUUCACAGGUGUCUGCAGGGUUGGUAAAAUGCAUUUAAAAAGUAGAAAAAUGUUGUAACCUUUUUCAACGAGGUUUAUGAGUAAUUUAAGAAUUUUGUUAGUCUUCAAA